GAGAGAAAAGGAAAGGAAAGGGGGAGAUGUCAACGUAGGGUAAUAGAUAUUUGGCGGUGGUCUGCCUGUCCGUCUGUCAUUUCUGCAAAAACAAGUGACACAAACUUUAUUGACAUUUCACACGCUUUUCCCCCUAAUUUAACAAACAUUUUUUUAUUUUAUUUUUGUGUCCUCUUUAUCAAGUUCUUGGUUCUUGAUUUCAGCCUUUGUGUGCUUUUCCCCUCUAAAUCUGAUGCGAUUUUACCCUUAAUCGUUGAUCCUUAAGAUAGUUUCCAGCGAAUUUGAUCUCUCUCUCUCUCUCUCUCUCUCUCUCUCUCUCUCUCUCUCUCUCUCUCUCUCUCUCUCUCUCUUGCCGUAGAUCUAAGUUUCUUUCUUUUAAUUUGUCGUUCCUUUUCAACGGAAUUUAAUGAGUUUCCGGAUCUCCAUAAUCAUCCUCCUCCUUCUCUGUGGGUCAUGCUUACCUUCUUCCGGCUUCGCUUCCUCCGUUGACGUUUGCGAUCAUCAUGACGAAUUGGAGGUGUUACGAUGCGCAAUCGAGAAUAAAUGUCAUCGCUCUCUCUAUCCCAGACCUCCUAUAGAGGUGGAUGGAGACUUGCUAGACAGACUCAUGGAUGCAAACCAUGGAAAUGCUUAUACUUCCAUACUGUUUUAUGCCUCUCGGUGCCCGUUUUCGCGUGCUGUUCGCCCCAAGUUUGAUGUUCUGAGCUCAAUGUUCCCCCACAUUGAGCACCUGGUUGUUGAGCAAUCUCAGGCUUUACCAUCUGUCUUUUCUAGGUAUGGUAUCCAUAGCUUGCCUUCAAUCCUGAUGGUGAAUCAAACAUUGAGGAUGCGUUACCUUGGUCAAAAGGAUCUUGCAUCCCUUAUUCAGUUUUACCAACAUACAACAGGUUUUAAACCGGUCCAGUACGUGGAUGAAGGUGAACCAACAAGCUUGGAAACCGAUGGUAACCUGAUCACAUGGCUACACAACGGGUCAUCUAUAAGAGAAAUCACGGAAAGAGAUCCAUAUUUGGUACUUGCACUGAUCUUUCUGUCUUUGAAACUGGGAAUUCUGAUCUUCCCCAUCAUGGCAGCGCGCUUGAAAACGUUAUGGGCAUCUUAUGCUCCGCAUCUGAGCUUGGGAAUACUCGGUGAGACUAGCCAACUGUUUGGCCGAGCCAUGCACAUGAUCGAUGUGAGGAGGCUGUGGAUUAAAGUUAGACUCACCAAAACAAGGAACUUCCAAGAAAGAGCAAAGAACGCACUUGCAUCGGUCUCGCUAGGAAAAUCUACUUCACAAUCAGCCUAAUUCAGAAAUCCUCCAUGAGCUUAGUUAGAUUACUUUACUUUUUGUUGACAUGUCUUAACUUUGGACUUCUUGUCUCUGUAUGUAAAUCAUGUUUUUGCUUAUUUGUGAAUAUACAUUUUUCUUCGUUUCUUGAAUAUUCUUGUUCUGGGUCCAUUUUGUUGUGCUUAUAUUGAAUGAUCAACGGUUUGGUUUAGUUGGUGCCAGAGGUGGACACAUGGGUCGUAUAUGUGAGAAAGGAACUUGUGGAUCACUAUGGUUCACACACGUAGAAGUUUCGCUUUCCUGUCGUUUUUGCGUAUGUGUAUGGUAGUUGAAUCUCUCUGUUUAGAUCCUUUUCACUUAGGAAUCUUAAGCUGAGAAGCUUAUACC